AUUUACAGAUGAUUUUACAGUCAAUAAUCUUAAAACUUGUUCUGAAAUAUCAUCAAAAAGUUAAGCCCAGAUGAUAAACAAACAAACAAUGGAUUUCAGAUUAUCCAGAAUUUGCUUUUAUGGGUGCUGAAAACCAGGAGAGAUAGAGAGAGAAAGUGUGAGUUGUUACACAAUUAAACAAAUGCCUAAAUUAUUAAUUAUAAAAAAAACAGAGUAAGCAAAGCAAAGCAAAAACAGAGGAAAUUGACCUCCUCUUCACAAAUGCACAUGGCUUCCAUUUUUAAACUUAUUUUCUCUCUCUUAACUUACAGAUUGGACUUAGUUCUACUACAUUUCUUUUUUAUUAUUUUUAAUUAUUAACUUUGUUAAUCUAACUAAUAGUCUCUCUCUCUGGUUAUUGAGUGAUCAUUUCAAGACAUGUUUAUGACAAACUCUUCAGUUUCAGAUCUAACACCUCUCUAUUAAAACUUUCUUUCCCUUUCCUUCUUCUUCUUCCAUUAUUUCACCUGCCAACAAUUUUUUUUAAUUAUUUUUGUUAUUACAGUAUUACGGAGUACUCCUAAAUUUCCAAACUUUCACAGAUUUUAUUUUCUGUCAUCAUUUUCCCCAAUUCCCAGCAUAAUUCUGGUUCUUAAUUGUAUUUGUGGAGCUGGAAGAAUCAAAGUAUGAAGAAGAGUGCUGAAGUAGUAUUUCAUUGAAUUGAAACAAAGGGCUGGUUUAUAGAAUUGGUAAGUAAUAAUAGUAGGAAAUAUGGAGGAUUCAGUAGUGGAUGACCAUAUGGAGGUUGAGGAAACACUGAAUCCAAUGUGGCCAGAUAAUGUAAAUGAAGCCGGGAGUCAAUUCAAUGUAGAUUGGCCAAAAGAAGAUCAAGAUAUGUUGAAAGAAGUUGCAAUCAACGCAGCAGAACCUCAAGAAAUAGAUUUAGAGCGUUUACAUGACAUGACAGAUCACAGUGAUAAAGGUUCCUCUCAACUAGCCUUCCUUGUCAAGCAUUGGGAGUAUAAACAAGAGAAUGCUGCUCGACUCCUCAAAGAAGAACUUGAUCGCCUUAGCAAACAAAGAGAGGAGGUUGAACUUAAGAGAUUGGAGAUUUUAGAGGAACAUCGUUUUGAGGAAGAACGAGUUGGUGCUGAUAGAUAUUCUGUUUCAGUUUUGGAGGAGCUUUAUGAUUUCUAUAAAGUUGUUCCUAAGAAGAAGCAUGAUUCACCUGUUGAAACUAAUAAAGGACUUGAAAUUGAUGCUGAGUAUGAUACUAUUGUGUAUUGGAAACAAAGGGCUGUCAUUCUUGAGAAAUUGUUGAAGGAAAGCAGACAGAGAGAGCAGACUCUAUUGGAAAAGUUGGAUGAAAGUAUUAAGAAUAUGGCUGAACAGUCUACACCGGUGGAAGAGUUGUCACAGAUGCUUAAAAGAGCGGAUAACUUUAUACACUUUAUUCUUCAGAAUGCACCUAUUGUUCUUGGUCAUAUGGAUAAGGAGCUACGUUAUCGUUUUAUCUACAACCACUAUCCAAGUUUUAAAGAGGAGGAUAUUAUAGGAAAAACUGAUACGGAGAUCUUUUCUGGUGCGGGAGUGAAGGAGUCUCUAGACUUCAAGCGAGAAGUCUUAGAACGUGGAUUACCUGGAAAGAGAGAAAUAACAUUUGAAACUGAACUUUUUGGGUCUAAAACGUUUUUGAUAUAUGUUGAACCUGUGUUCAAUAAGGCAGGAGAAACCAUUGGUGUCAAUUACAUUGGAAUGGACAUUACAGAUCAGGUCAGAAAAAGAGAAAAGAUGGCAAAGCUUCGAGAGGAAAUUGCUGUACAGAAAGCCAUGGAGACUGAGCUGAAUAAGACAAUACAUAUAACAGAGGAAACAAUGCGAGCUAAGCAAAUGCUUGCUACCAUGUCUCAUGAGAUAAGAUCACCGUUGUCUGGUGUUGUUAGCAUGGCCGAGGUUCUAGCCACCACUAGACUGGACAAGGAACAACGACAAUUGUUAGAUGUCAUGAUUUCUUCUGGGGAUUUGGUCCUUCAGCUCAUUAACGACAUCCUUGACCUCUCCAAGGUUGAGUCAGGUGUUAUGAAGUUGGAAGCUACCAAGUUCAGGCCAAGAGAAGUUGUAAGGCAUGUACUCCAGACAGCUGCAGCAUCUUUGAAGAAAAUGCUAACAUUGGAAGGAUAUAUAGCGGAUGAUGUUCCUAUAGAGGUUAUUGGAGAUGUUCUUAGGAUUCGACAAAUUCUCACUAAUCUAGUCAGCAAUGCCAUUAAAUUUACGCAUGAAGGUAAAGUUGGCAUAAGACUUUAUGUGGUACCGGCACCUUAUUCUGGAGAAGAAGAAGAAGAAGACACUUCCACCGAGGAAAAGGGUAAUUCUGCUCAUCCAUAUGGAGAUUCUCCUUAUGAAAAUUCGGAUGAGCCUGGAAUGCCAGUUUCUCCACUGUCAAAAGACCAAGUGAGGCAUGCUGUUAUAUUUCCAACAACAGUAUGGAUACGAUGUGAUGUAUAUGACACUGGCAUAGGAAUUCCAGAGCAUGCUUUGCCGACAUUAUUCAGAAAAUAUAUGCAAGCCAGUGCUGAUCAUGCUCGUAAGUAUGGUGGAACUGGAUUAGGCCUAGCCAUAUGCAAACAACUGGUUGAGCUGAUGGGUGGUCAUAUGACAGUAUCCAGCAAAGAGCAUUGUGGAUCAACAUUCACAUUUGUUCUUCCAUACAGGGUAUCUCCUGAAUCUGACGAUCAGUCGGAUGAUCCUGAUGAGCUUCCAGAUGCUUCUAGUCAUCAUGAUACAACAGCCGCUGAUGAUCAUACUGCUGGAUAUUUCCAAUUCCAGCCUCGGACAUUAAGCUCUUCUAUCAGUGGAGAAAGCAGGAACCAUAAUCUAUUACAAAGUAAUUAUGGAUAUAAUAUGAUGCCUGACAUCAACCCAGUGUCUGAAAAUUUUGCUUCAGUUUCUCCUACUCCGAAAGAAUUGGAAACGGAACACACAUCACCUGAGAGUUGUUCGAGGCACAGUAGUGGUGAUAAUGCUGCUGCUGAAACAAGUGGUAGGAAUGAUCAGUGUGUCAGAGAUGAAAGGAAUGUUAGUGAAAACCAAAGAUCAUUGGAUAUGGAGGUUGGGCCUAAUGUAAGCAGGGGUCAAUUACAUGAACCUCAAGAAGUACCGACAAUACAAACGUGCGAUACAACUCUGCAGAGUACUGCAAGCAGCAAGCCUGAAGUAGACAGAGCUGAGGAAAAACCUAAAAUCCUCCUUGUAGAAGAUAAUAAGAUCAAUGUGAUGGUGACAACAUCCAUGAUGAAACAAUUGGGUCACAGCAUAGACGUUGUGAAUAAUGGAAUUGAAGCCAUUCGUGCUGUUCAACAUCGAGAUUAUGACCUUGUUUUGAUGGAUGUGUGCAUGCCAGUGAUGGACGGACUUCAGGCAACAAGAAUUAUUCGUUCAUAUGAAGAGACUGGUAACUGGGAUGCUGCUGCAGAGGCAGGAAUUGAUCAACCUAUGCAUUCUCAAGAUUCACCCUUGGAUAUUCCUGAUUCAUCAAAGAGACUUCCAAUUAUCGCGAUGACAGCAAAUGCAUUAUCAGAAAGUGCAGAUGAGUGCUUCGCGAAUGGUAUGGAUUCGUUCGUAUCAAAGCCAGUUACAUUCCAAAAGUUAAAAGAGUGCCUUCUACAACAUUUGCCGUGACAUCUUGUAAAUUAUUCAUCUGUACAAAGUCAAAUUUCUUUCUUUUUAGGAAAGUUUUGUAACCAAAUGUAUCAUGUUUUUAGGAAUGAGCAUCUUCUGUACAAAAUUUUUGUCAAUUCUUUUACUGGAGGGAAAGAAAUAAAAAGUUUGCAGCUAAGCUGAAUGGGUUGGAA